AUGUCCUCACGCUCCCAUAGAUCAAAAAGCCCUUCGCGCUCCCCCAGUCCGAGUCACCGUUCUCAUCGCACAGGCUCUGGGAGACAUACUCAUGGUUCUCCUAGUCUGACUGAUAUUCGAGGUCAAUCCACAGACCAUGACUAUCAUGAUACACGAAGCUCACCGCCACCCCGUCGAAUCCGUUCUCUUCAACAAUCCAAGUCACAUUCUACACGCGACAAUUGCCUCACUCAGGACCAGGAACGCAUCAGAGACUUGGAACGUCAACUUGCUAGUGCAAGGAAUUCAAAGGAAAAGGAAGGCAGAAAGCGAAAGGCGCCUGAGCCCCUUGAUAACAUGUCGGCAAUGCGGCGUGGACGUGCUAUUCCUAAACUUGUUGCUGUCUAUGAAGAUAUACACACCCUCCUUGCGCAGUAUGAUGAAUACCGACACAAGGGUUACCAUCAGCUGGAUUCCGAGGGUGAUGACGACGACAUUGACAUAGAAGAAAAGAGAAGGCUACAACGUGGAUAUGCCGGUAUCAUGACUCUGUACAAGACAGUGUACCCAGAUUUUCUCAAAAAGAUAAAGGAGCCUGGAAGCGCACAUAUCAUCCGUGAGCUACAAACUGGCGCAAAUAGUUCCAGGGCUUUCGACACGUCCACAGUCAUGAAAUUUGUAGGCGACGUAUUGAAUGAAGAGGUUCGAAAGAUAAAUCAAGCGAAGUUGAAAGAGUAUCAGGUUAAGUUACGUGCUUACACCGAGAAUGUCACAACGGGUGACAGCGCAUCUGAUUUUCCCACUGCCACUACCAACACAAUGGCUGAACCUGUACUCGAACGCGUCGAAGAAUUCUGUACAACUUCCAGGGAUAACAGAGGUCUUCAGAAUGAUGUUACUGGUUAUCUCCUUUGUCCAGCCGAGUUUGACUGGAACGACACGGCAGUUCGUGCCGCCGUUCGUGCCUUUGACCCGAAUUAUGACUUUGCCAGCUCUGCUCAUGCUCGCUGUUUUUACAAGGAUGAGGAGUUUGACCCCGAUGACUUCGACAAGGGUUUUUUGCAAAGUUAUCUUCUUGUACAGGUCUAUCGUCUCAUGUUUACGUCGCCGUCGUCAACCAAGGAUCAGCCGCAAGAUGUUGAAAACCUUCCUGCCUCAAAGAAGAAGAAAACCACUGGGACCAAUCAUCGUGGCAACGUUGCGCAGAUCAUUCAUAUGAAUGAUGUCAAACCUCGCUCAAUUGCUUAUGCCGCCGUUCAUCUUCAUUUCGCUCUUAGCGACGCUUCCCAGUGGACUAACUCUCACAUGGGCUAUAACUAUCUCGACCUUUGGAACUUUAUUGUCGACUUCUUUGAGGAUCCCGAGGGCGAAGAAGAAGAACAGCGAUCGAAGGAGCUACUGAAGUGGUGGAAUGAUCGAAUCUUCACUGGUACCCGUGCCGCCGCCAACAGUCGUGGCACCAAAAUGACUUCUCGCAAACAAGAUGUAUCAAAACGGCUACGCGUUGCUUCCCCUCUACAUGAUAUUUUUUCCAAUGGUACUGGAGCUGCUCCGGGCCCGGCGUCGUCUACCUAG